ACAAAGAGAAAAAAAAAAGAAUGAAAAUCCCAUUUUUAAACAAGAGUUUUUCAUCAUCAUGUUAUUCAAGCUCAGAUUCAUCAUCAUGGGGAUGGCCUUCUUGUCACCAAAACCCUAGAACACAAUCUUUCAGAGUCAAUACCACCGCAAUCAACCCUACUGACGACGUUGAAGAGGAGGACGAGGAGGAAAAGGGGGAUGAGGAAGAGGAGGAUAAGGAGCAGGAAAAUGUAGAGGAGGAGGAAAAAGGGGGAGAGGAGGACGAGGAAGAGGAAGAGCCGCUUCCUACAAUCAUCUCCUCCUCUUCCUCGUCCUCCUCCAUCGAUGCCAUUGAAGAGCUGCCGGAGACCGAGUCCAUAGAGAAUGUGAUCAAAGGGAUACAAUUAUCAAAAAGACUCAUCUUUGAACAUAAAGGAGAAUCAAACUCUAUUCUCGAAGAGAUGAGGAACAAGGAUUCAUGCUCUUGCCCUUGGAAUCCAUCUACACUUUCUCUAAUUUCAAGUGGUUCAUGGUGGAGGUGGUUGCGGUACACUCGCUUCAUCGCGGCUACAUCCAAAUGUAUCGUGAAGAUUACUGAAUAGAUAGAUGAUUAUAUUAUUCAUGAGAGAAGAA